CACAGAGCUGUUUGCAGAAGCAAGUCCUAAAGGAAGAACAUAUUUGUCAGAAGACUGGAGAUGCCUGGAUUACAUGAGAAGCUGACAUUUGUAGCAGGAGUGGCCCUGGCUGUCUUAGCUGUGGUGAGGUCGUCCCCAGUGGUGGGACCCGAGCCUAUCCGCUGUGCCCCCUGCAUGCAGGAGAAACUGAACAACUGUCCUGCCAUCCCAGCAGACUGCAAGCAGGUGCUGAGGGAGCCUGGCUGUGGUUGCUGCAUGGCCUGCGCUCUGGAGGAAGGGGCAUCCUGUGGAGUUCACACAGCCCACUGUGGUGAGGGUCUCCGCUGCACUCCCAGGCCUGGUGAGGCCAGACCUCUUCAUGCUCUGACCAGGGGACAGGGGGUCUGCACAGAAGACCUGGGCCAAGAAGAAACUGAAGGAGUCCCUGACCACGGUUCCCUGCACUACCUGUUGGGUCUUAACCUUCCCUUGGACCACCAAGACACUGCUGAAGGCCAUGAGAGCAUCAAGGCCAAGGUCAAUGCUAUCCGCAACAAACUGGUACAACAGGGCCCCUGUCACAUUGAGCUGCACAGCGCCCUGGACAUCAUAGCCAGCUCCCAGCAGAAACUAGGAGAGAAGUUCACAACUUUCUACGUCCCCAACUGUGACAAGCACGGCUUCUAUAAGGCCAAGCAGUGUGAGUCAUCUCUGGUUGGACCGCCUGCUCGCUGCUGGUGUGUCUCUUCCUGGAAUGGGAAGAAGAUCGCGGGAUCGAGUGACCUGCUUGGUGAUUCAGAGUGUCAUCAAGAAGUCACACACUGAGGGAUGGACGUGUUAUCAUGUAUACACACACACACACACACACACACACACACACAGAUUCCUUCCUGUUACAAAACCCCUCAUAUUAAUUUUAUUUACAUGAUGUAUGUAUCAAGACUUAUUUAUUCACUACUUGUACAUUCUUCCUAGCCUAGAUUUGUUUUUUUAUGUUUGCUUAUUUUUUUCAAUUGUAAAUAUUGUAAGUAGGGCAACACUGCAUACAUUUUCUGACUAAAUAACUCCAUUGCUCAAAACCACAAGUCCACAGCUAUGCCAAGUCCAUUUCAGAGUUUUCAGGAUCUUUUUUUUUUUUUUUUUCAUUCAUUCAAAACCAGAGCUGUGCAUGGCACAAAACAACACAGCUGCUCAUUCAUUCAACAUGUUGACAUUGUCUGGAUGUAUCUCCAUUGGCGUUUCCUCAAUGGGUAUUGGGGGAAAUACUUAAAGUGCCGCAAGUAUGUGCACAGUGGCCAAGCAUAAACAUAUCAGGGCUCGUCCAAGCCACUGUGAGGUUUGGGAUGGGUUCUUCUGCAUUUGUCUACCUCCACUCAUCUCUGCAGGUCCACAGGUUUAGCAGAGGGCUGCAGAGGGCUCUCUCUGCACAUUUCUCACCUUUUUAUUUGUCUAGACAGUCAUUGUGGUCUUUUCUUGACCUAUUUAUCUUCUAUUCUAGU